AUGUUCGGCACUCUCUUGGACUACUGGCAUUACACGGGCGACGACCAGUACAAUGACAUGAUUCGCGAGGGGCUGAUUCACAAUUUUGGCGAGAACCUCGAUCUGAUGCCAUCGAAUCAAUCGAAAAACGAAGGCAACGAUGACCAAGUCUUCUGGGCCUUUUCAAUGAUCGCUGCAGCCGAGUACAAGCUCCCCGACCCUCCGGAAGGGCAGCCCGGAUGGCUAGCCAUGACACAAUCCGUCUUCAACCAGUUUCUUAACAGGUAUCAGAAGGAGGUCGCGGAUGGCAAUUUACGCCACGAGAAGUCCGGGGAACUUGUGCUGAUUAGAAUGUACACGCAGAUUUAUCCAUGGCUGAAGGGCUGGAAGUACAAGAACACGGCUUCCAACGGGGGCCUGUUCCAUCUCGGCGCCAGACUGGCAAUGUACACGAAGAACGAUACGUAUGCGCUUUGGGCGGAGAAAGCCUACGACUGGAUGGCCGCUAGCCCAUUGCUCAACCCCGAGGACGGCACCGUCAACGAUGGUACAUCGAUCGAGACCACACCAAUGUGCAAAGACGCGGAUCAUACCCAGUGGACAUACAACUACGGUAUCAUGAUUGCAGGAACGGCAUAUAUGUACAACUAUACAAAUGGCGCCGAAAAGUGGAAGAAGGCACUGACAAACUAUAUCAACAAGAGCCACGAUAUGUUCUAUCCCCCGGACAAAGGCGGCAUCAUGGUGGAACCCUGCGAACAACUCGCGAUCUGUAACGCGGAUCAAGAGAGUUUUAAGGCAUACCUCGGUCGCUGGCUCGGAACAUCUAUACAGAUGGCACCAUUCACGUACGACAUCAUCAUGCCCGAACUUGAAAAGACGGCCGUGAGAGCAGCGCAGACCUGCAACGGAUUAUCACAGCACAACGGUGGCGACUUCCAAUGCGGCAUGAGAUGGUACAUGGAUGGCUACGACGGCAAAUAUGGUGUCGGGCCCCAGAUGAGCGCGCUCAACAUUAUCAGCGUGCUGAACGCCGCCCGCGCACCAGCGCCAUACACAGGAAAGACUGGCGGAACCAGUCAAGGCAACCCGGGCUUAAAUACUCAAGACGACUCGAAGAGGCUGCCAAUCUUCCACGAGGAUAUCACCACGGCUGACAAGGCCGGAGCUGCGAUCGUCACGAUUAUUGUGGCAGCAGUCUGGAUCGGUUGCGCAUGGUGGAUGAUCGCGACGUAA